AAAUCCACUUUCACGCAACGUUCAGAUGAUAACAUACCGUAUACUUUAUCAAAUAAUAAAUUCGUUAUUAAACUCUUUUCAAAAUAAUUAGGUAGUUUACAGUAAAUUUGCCAAAAAUGAAUUCGUCCUCAAUAGAAGAGAACUUUCGUAUACUUGUUGCUACUGAUAUUCAUCUUGGGUUUAUGGAAAAAGAUUUAACAAGAGAUUAGAUUAAUUUAAUUUUGAAAAGUGGUUAUUUAUAACUGUCAUUAGCACUAAUUAUGUAAUAUUACGGAGUAAAUAAUCAUAAAACUGUAUAUUUGGGUGGAUUUCAACAAAAAAUAUAAUUAACUGAUGAUUCUUUCAACUCUUUUGAAGAAGUUUUACAGCUAGCUGUCAAACAUCAAGUGGACUUUCUAUUAUUAGCUGGUGAUUUAUUCCAUGUUAAUCAGCCAUCAACAGCAAGUUUAGAGAGAUGUAUGUCACUUUUACGAACUUACUGUCUUGGUGAUAAGCCUGUUAACAUAGAAUUUUUAAGUGAUCAAGCAGAAGUAUUUAAACAUUGCAAUAAUCCAAUUGUUAAUUUUGAAGAUCCAAAUUUAAAUAUUUCUAUUCCAGUUUUUUCAAUUCAUGGAAAUCAUGAUGAUCCAUGUGGACACAGAGAAAUUUCUUGUAUGGAUUUAUUGAGUUCAAUGGGAUUAAUAAACUAUUUUGGAAAGCAAACAAAUCUCCAAAAUAUUGAUAUAACUCCGAUUUUAUUAAAAAAAGGAUCUAACAGAAUUGGGCUUUAUGGUUUAAGUCAUAUUAGAGAUGAACGAUUAGAAAGAUUAUUUCGAGAUAGAAAAGUUCGUAUGUUUCGACCUCAAGAAGAUACAGAUCAAUGGUUCAAUAUAUUUGUAUGUCAUCAAAAUAGAGUAAAACGUCCUGGAACAAAAUAUCUACCCGAAGAAGUUAUUCCAGAUUUUAUAAAUUUAACCAUUUGGGGACAUGAACACGAGAGUUUAAUUAAUCCUGUACCUAAUCAUUCAAAUAAAGGAUAUAUUUGUCAACCAGGGAGUACUGUUGCAACAUCAAUGUGUGAAGGGGAGGCAGGGAGUAAAUGUGUUGGGCUUCUUACUAUUAAAGAUAAAUCAUUCAAAAUGGAAGAGUUGGAAUUAAAGAGUAUUAGACAAAUGCAUUUUGAAACAAUAAAAUUAUCUGAGUGUGAAAAUAUAUUGGCAAAUUCUGAACAGGUUCAAAGUUAUAUUGAAGAAAAAAUUGAAUUAAUACUUGCAAGUUUAAGGAAUAAACAUAGUGGUCAUCCAAAACAACCAUUAAUACCAUUAAUUCGUUUGAGAGUAUUUUAUGAUAAUAAUUUGCAAUUUUUUAAUACUCAUCGAUUUGGCUUGAAAUAUCAUGAUCGUGUUGCAAAUGCUAAUGAUAUGAUCAUGUUAAAAAUGGAGAAAAAAAAUUAUGAAAAGAAAUUGAGUUGUAUUGAUGGUGAAACAUUGGAAGAAAUUGUAGACAAUCAAGAAUUAGAAAAUAUUGAACAAAUAAUUGAAGCAUAUUUUCAAGAAAAAACAAAUGAUAAUAAACAAUUAGAAUUAUUAUCAAUUAAAGGAAUGGCUGAAGGAGUUACUAGAUUUGUUAACAAUCAGAGUUCUGAAAGUAUAAAAAAAGUCAUUGAUUAUCAAAUGAAAAAAGUGAAAAAUUAUGUUAUUAAUCAAGAAGAUUUAAGUGAAAAUAAUAUAACCAACUAUAUAGAUCAAUUUCGCAUAAGCCGUACACAAAAAUUAAAUGAAGAAAUUCAAGAACUAAGUAAUGAGUUGAACUCUGAAAUGAAUUAUUCACCGAAGACAAAUUUAUCAAUAGAUCUAAGAAAUGAAUCUAGUAACGAGUCUGUUGAUUCUGAUGAUCCACAAGUUUCUUAUUCUACCAAUACUCCUAGUUCUUCUAGAGCGCGUGGACGAGGUAAUCGUGGUAGUAGAGGAUCUCGAGGGUCUAGAGGUAAUAGCAGGGGAAGAACAAGAGGACAAACUUCUCUAAAGUCUUUUCUUUGAUUAAUUCAUUUUUUAUUAAUUACUAUUAAUUUUUAUUUUAAAAUUUAUUAAGUGUUAUAUGAUUUUUCAAAAAAAUACUUGAUAAUUUAUUAUUUUUUACUUAAUUUUCAUGUUUUUAAGUUAAUUAUAAUUUUUUUUUUGAUCUGUUUUGGUUAAAUAUAAUAUUUUUUUAUUGU